CGGCUUUAACUCAAGCAAUAUACUAUAUAUACCACCAAGCAAACGUGAGUCCUCCCUUAAAAAAGAGUUUUUUUUUAAGAUUUUUAUCAUCCCGCGAUAUAUUAUACCACGAAGCCAUUCUUUUGUACUCUCAUCUUUUGCAAUGGGUUCAAUUUGCAUUUACUGCAUGAGUCUUCCUUUUAGUCCAACUUCUAAUCAUAGAAGGAUAAGAAAUUAUAUGGGAGGAUUUCAAAAACAAUAUUUGACAACACAACCCACAACCAUGGCUGUAACUACUAAUGCACCCAUUGUUAGACGAUCCGCAAACUACCCCCCUUCGCUCUGGUCUUAUGAGUAUCUCCAGUCACUGACUAACAACUAUGUGGGUGAAGAAUAUGAGACAAGGUCUCUCAGUUUGAAGGAAGAGGUGAAGAUGAUGAUUUCUGAAGAUGCUGCAGUGCAGGACCCUUUGAGUACACUUAAAUUCGUUGAUGAUCUGCAGAGGCUUGGAGUAUCUUAUCACUUCGAGUAUAAAAUCAAUAGUGUCUUGAAGAUUCUAUACCAUUGCUACUUUGACUCUCAAGAGAAGUGGAACAAAUCUGAUUUGAACCUUAAAGCCCUUGGCUUUAGACUCUUGAGACAACACGGCUAUCUUAUCCCUCAAGAAAUAUUUGAGGACAUUAGGGAUGAAACCGGAAAUAUCAAGGCCCAGUUACGAGAGGACAUUGUCGGAAUGCUUAACUUGUAUGAGGCUUCCUUUCUUGCUGUCGAGGAUGAAAGUAUAUUGGAUGAAGCCAGAGAGCUUACUCGCCAAUGCCUGAAAGAGAUGCUAGAGAAGAAUAGCAUAGGUAACGAUCAAUGUCUGGUGAUGUUAAUAAGCCAUGCCUUGGAGCUUCCAUUGCUUUGGAGGCCUCAAAGAUUUGAGGCAAUAUGGUUUAUAGAAGCAUACAAGACGAGAAGCGACAAGAAUUCGUUGUUGUUAGAGCUUGCUGAAUUGGAUUUCAACGUGUUGCAAGGGAUACACCAAGAAGAUCUAAAGUACUCAUCAAGGUGGUGGAAUGAUCUAGGUUGGGACAAGAAGUUCAGCUUUGCUCGAGACAGGUUGGUGGAGAGUUUUAUGUGGGCUGUUGGUGCAAAUUACGAACCACGACAUGGUGUUCUAAGGAGAAACAUCACAAAGCUUAUUUCCCUAGUAAAUGUCAUAGACGAUGUUUAUGAUGUGUAUGGUACUUUGGAUGAACUUAAACAGUUCUCGAGCGCUGUGAAAAGAUGGGACAUCAAUGCCAUCGAAGAACUUCCUGAUUACAUGAAGAUAUGCUUCCUUGGAUUCUACAAUACCAUCAAUGAAAUGGCAUACAGCACCCUGAUCAACCAGGAACUCCUUGUUCUACCGAUUGUGAAAAAAGCAUGGGCAGAUUACUGUGAUGCGAACACCGUGGAGGCAGAAUGGUUCAACAGUGGAUAUAUCCCAACACUUGAAGAGUACCUGAAAAACUCUUGUAUUACCAUAUCACUUCCUGUAAUACUUUCAAAUAUUUACUUCUUCACUUCUAGCGAUAUUACCGGAGAAGCCAUGCAGAACGUAGUGCACUGCUCAUCAAUGAUUCUACGUCUUGCUGAUGACUUGGGAACAUCAUCGGCCGAGCUUCAAAGAGGUGAUAUUCCAAAAUCAAUCCAGUGCUACAUGCAUGAAACCGGUGCUACUGAAGAGAAUGCUAGGGAAUAUAUAAAGAAGUUAAUCAUGCAGACAUGGAAGAAACUAAACAAAGAAAGAAUGUCUGUUAAUUAUCCCAGAUCUGGAAUUUUCAUAGAAUGUGCAACAAACCUUGGUAGGAUGGGGCAAUUUACAUACCAGCAUGCGUCGGAUGCAUUUGGUUCGCCAGAUGAUUGACUACAUGUCGUCGGAACAGCUUCGGCGGGAAAUGAAAACUUUUUUGCGGACUUGUGAAAGUCUAUACCGACAAGUCGUCGGUAUAUGUCACGGAAAAUGUAAGUUAAAUUUAUUUUUAUUUAUUUUUAUUCCACGGUACAGAAAGAAGAAAUGAUACUAUUUUAGGAGAGCUAUACCGACGACAUUUCGUGCAAUGUCACGCUGGCAAUCCGUGUAAAAAGGCUAUCCCAACAACUUGUGGUGGGCACAACCCUCUAUUUUUAAUUAUUUUUUUUAUUUCAGCAAACAAACAAAAUGACGUAGUGUUUGGUACCCUGUACCGAUGACAUACCAUCGACAUAGAGUUUAACCCCAUCAAGAUCAGUGACGUCAACGAUUGCAUUCAUUUUGCUUAGUUUAUCUUUUUUUUUCUCUUUCUGUCCACGACCAAACCUCCUCCGGUCACUCCCAUUCGCUGGCAACUAGCAGGUAUGCUUCUUGGUCCUUCUAUUCUUCCUAAUUUUGUGAUUGGUCAAAGUUUUUACUUUGGUUUUGAGGUUUUUUGCCCGGUUGUAGUUUUCACCUCGGAUUUUGGGGUAUUUUUUCCGGUUACAGCCUUCACCAUCCUCGCCCCUUCACCACCACUGACCUCUACAACUACCUACACCUGUCAUUUUGAGGUAAGAUUCUGCUUUUAUGAUUGUAAGUUUUUUGGAUUGGGUUAUCUAUAGUUCAUCAUUAUUCUCCAUUGAAUUUCUUUAUGUUUAUCAUUCAACUUUCAAUUUCUCAUUGGAUUUGUUUCUAAUAGUCAUCAUCACAUGUGUUUUUGAGAUCUCUCCAUCUUCAAUUUUUUCCCGAAAAUCUUUCCCGACAAUCAUGUGUAGACAACAAGUCGUCGGCAUUUGUGGAUUUGUACCGACGACAUUUUUGACUUUUACCGACAGAGCUAUCCCGACGACUUUGUAAGGGCGACAAGUCGCCGGUAUAGGUUUUCCUGACGAUAUGUCAUGGACAUAGGUGUUGAAAAAAUCGUCGGUAUAUGUCUCGUUCCUUGUAGUGAAAUUGAGAAAACUCGAAGACGGUAAAUUGGAACCGUACUACAUGGUGACCUCCAUCCACAAAACCUUUAUAUAAAUUACCAUUAUUUGAUGUAACUCGUGGCUGACACUAUAAGAGAAUCUACAAUCUAUUGAACUCCAUAGAGUUUAAUGGAUUGUCACAUCAUCCAUUAAACGUCUAUAUAACACCAUCCACAACCCACUAAACACAUAUUUAAUCUUAAUCACCAUUUUAUUCAUUUUAAACCAUUCAAUGAUCAUUGAACUCUACUUAAUGUCAUAUCCAUACUCCAUCAACUCUUAUUCAAUCAUAAUCACCACCAUAUUCAACUUUUAUACUACUUGCAUUGUGGAUGCUCUAAAUAAUAUUGACGAUUGUGUAAGCUUGUGAUAUAAACUUUCCAAUAAGUUAUGCCCCCAUAAAUUUUAAAUAUAAAAUUAUACACGUUAACUGGUUUUUGGAUGAAUUACUCACUUUUUAAGUCAUAUGUCAAAUUGCAUGGUUUUAAUGUUGACGUGUUUUUUAUAUUUACUUUAUGAAGUCAGUUUUACGAAAAAGAAGCUAUUUCGGUUAAAUCCGGGUAGGAUUGUAUAUUUUAGUAUAUGAAAAUUAAACAAUGUUUAGACAGAAAAAAUAUAUUCUUAUUAAAGAUUAAAAUCCACUAAUCCACCCCAAAACUGCAAGGUUGGAUGAGCCCUUUAAAUAACCGUUAGUUUUUCCAAGUUCUGAAGUUAGACCAGAAAACGUAUAUACAAGAAGUUGACAUUUAUUGUAAGCAAGGAAUCAAGUGUAAGCAAUAAAUCUACUCUUACCUUUGCGCGCAAGGUGCAAACGUGAAUGCAGAAUAACAUGGGAAAAGAGGGACAUAAAAGGAAAACUAUGGAAGUAUAUUGAAUACUUGAUCUCCAAGGUUUUAUUAAGAAAACAAAGGGAACGAUUGAUUAAAAACAUCAUCUGUUAAAGCCUAUUUAUACUAAAAAAUUAAUUGGAACCUUAAUCUAACUCAAAUACCAAAAAUAAGGAAAUUUCCUUUAAAUGACUUGUUACCCUUUAUUCUUAAUUACUCCAACAUUUGUCCCCUUAAUUCAGAAUCUACUAUAUAUGUUAUUCAUUCCCACCGGGUGUUCCAUCCUUAUGAACUUCAGUCUUCCCAACGACUUUGUAAAGAUAUAUUUCGUUUGCUCAAUGUUGCAAACAUGCUUCAUUAUAUGAUCCACUACAAGAAAUAGGGGCAUUAGCGGCGACGCCUUUAGCGGCAACACAAGGUAUUAGCGGUGACAUGUAACGCGUCUAUUACAUCUCGCCACUAAUACCCUGUGUCGCCGCUAAAGGCGUCGCCGCUGAUGGCUACCUUAUGGCGAUCCGCGUCAAAUGAGCCUUAUACGUCCGAUUUCAUUUUAAUCCAAGGGUCGUAAAAAACGCGCAUAUUUUUCCUCCAGGUGUCGCCGCUAAUAGACCCUUGUCGCCGCUAAUACGCAACCGUCGCCGCUAUUGCCCGUUGCCGCUAAAGGUCAUUAUAGAUAACCCCCCAUCUGCUUCCUUUUCUGUUUUGCUUGUGACUAUACUCAGCUCCUACCCUUCAUUCGUCUCUGCGCUUCCUUCAUUUCCUGUGUAAAGAUUGGCGACCAAAUUAAAAGCGCAUUCCGGUGACUUUCUUCCCCAACCACCGCCACUAGACCGCCACUCCACCCCUCAAUCCUCCAUUACCAAUGACUUGGAGAUCGACUAGCGGUGCCUACACUCCAAUUCCUAAAUUUUGACAUUCAAGGUCGAAUUCUUUCCUAUUUUCUCUUAUUUUUCUGUUUUGGUGCUAUUUUGGGUGAUAAAUUGGUAGUAUUCUUCAAUUUUGUUGAGUGAUUAUGUUUGGAUUUGAGGAAUGUAGGUGUUUAUGCAUUUUGUGGGAUUAUAUAUGUAUACACAAAUUUGUGGGAAGUGUAUAUGCAUUUUGUAUAUGUUUUUUCUGAUUUAGGUUUAUAGCACAUUGGCUUAAAAAUGAAAUUUGGCAUAAAAUUGAAAUUAGAUGUAUAUAUAUACAUUUGUUUGAUUUUGUAUUUACAUGUAUACAUUUGUAUGGAAUUGAAAUUGAAUGUAUGCAUUUGUUUGAAAUUGGAUGUAUACAUUUGUUUGAAAUUGUAUGCUUAAUUGAAUGAAAUUGGAAUAUGCAAGUUGUAUUG